AUGGCGGGGCGGCCGCGCUUCCUCUGCGGCGUUGUGGAAGGCUUCUACGGGAGACCAUGGUCUAUGGAGCAAAGGAAACUCCUCUUUGAAUGGCUGAGGCGCCGGGGGCUGAACUGCUACAUGUACGCGCCCAAGGACGAGCUGAAGCACCGGCUGCUCUGGAGAGAGCCCUACACGGAGCAUGAGGCAGCCCACAUGCGUUCUCUUAUCGAGGCUGCCCAAGAGCAGGAUGUGCAGUUUGUGUUCGCCAUCUCUGCUGGCCAGGACAUGGUGUUUUCAAGUGCUGGGGAUCGGCUCCUGCUGCAGCAAAAACUCAGGCAGGUGGCUGCCAUGGGGUGCCAGGCCUUUGCACUGCUCUUCGACGACAUCGACCCCUGCAUGUGCCAAGCUGACAGAGAUGCCUUCCCCUCCCUGGCGCAGGCUCAGGCCUCUGUGGCCAACGAGGUGUACCAGGAGCUGGGCCAGCCCCCCGUCUUCCUCUUCUGCCCUACAGAGUACUGCAGCUCCCUGUGCUCUCCCAGCCCCAGCCAGUCCUCCUACCUGCUGACCAUCGGCCGGGAGCUGCUCCCAGGGAUCGGUGUCAUCUGGACCGGGCCCAAGGUGGUGUCACAGGAGCUCUCAGCCGUGCUGCUGGAGGAGGUGGAGGGUGUCCUGCGGCGCCGGCCCGUCAUCUGGGACAACCUGUAUGCCAAUGACUACGACUGCAGACGUGUCUUCCUGGGCCCCUACACGGGACGUGCCCCCGGCCUCAUGGCCAGGCUCCACGGGCUGCUCCUCAACCCCAACUGCGAGCUCCAGGCCAACUUCAUCCCCAUACAUACGCUGGGCAGCUGGUUUCGGAGUGAGCUGGGGAGCUGUGCCCACCCUGACCACACAGGGAUGGAGCCUGUGGCAGCACAGGGGGACAGCCCAGGCCCGCAGGAUGGAAGCUACAGCCCCCAGGAAGCCUUGGAACUGGCACUGUGUGACUGGGUGGCUGAGAUAAACCGGCAAGCCUUGGAGCCAGGAGCAAGGAGCCCGGGACAUGCCAGCGUCAGCCUCAAGGGAGGAGCAGAGCUGGAGCCUGGCACAACGGGACGGGACAUCCUGCCUGACCCCCGGCCCCUCGGCGCUGCUCCCGGUGGGACAGACCAGCACGGCCCCGAGCCCUGCGGCACGGCACCAGGGGAGGGGAGAAGGCAGGUGCCCGUGGAGCCCGAGCAGGACAGCGGGAGCAGGGCCCGUGCCGGUGGUCAGCAAAGCCCUGCCGGGGACAGGGAGCAGCUCACUGCGGGCAGCACAGGGAGCCGUGAGCCCGGCCCUGCCGUGCCCAGUGCGGCUCAGGCUCCCCAGCCCACAGGAGCGCCGGCGGCUGCCGAGACCCCCCCCAGCCCAGGGACCGCCGCGUGCUGCAGCGAUGGGAGCAGCGCUGCCCAGAACCUUCUGCCCACCGGUGAUGCCAGGACGGGGGCUGGCAGCUCCCACCAGCCCUGCAGCAGCAGCCAGCCUGAGCCCACUAGGGCUGAUACAGCCCAGACACCCCCAGGGCCUGGGACCGGUGCCAGCCCUGUCCCCACAGCACUGCCCAUUGAUGGGACUGAUGCCAGCCCUGGCCCCACAGCACUGACACCAGAGGAAGCCAGGUCCAGCCCCAUGUCCUUUCUGAUCAUGGAGGAGCCCAGGUCCAGCCCCACAGCACCAGUGACCCUAGAGGAGCCCAGGUCCAGCCCCACAGCACCGGUGACCCUAGAGGAGCCCAGGUCCAGCCCCACAGCACCGGUGACCCUAGAGGAGCCCAGGUCCAGCCCCACAGCACCAGUGACCCUAGAGGAGCCCAGGUCCAGCCCCACAGCUCCAUUGACCCCGGAGGAGCCCAGGUCCAGCCCCACAGCACCAUUGAUCCUAGAGGAGCCCAGGUCCAGCCCCACAGCUCCAUUGACCCCAGAGGAGCCCAGGUCCAUCCCCAUGGCACCAUUGACCCCGGAGGAGCCCAGGUCCAGCCCCAUAGCACCAGUGACCCUAGAGGAGCCCAGGUCCAGCUCCACAGCACCGGUGACCCUAGAGGAGCCCAGGUCCAGCCCCACAGCACCAGUGACCCUAGAGGAGCCCAGGUCCAGCCCCACAGCGCCAUUGACCCCGGAGGAGCCCAGGUCCAGCCCCACAGCACCAUUGAUCCUAGAGGAGCCCAGGUCCAGCCCCACAGCUCCAGUGACCCCAGAGGAGCCCAGGUCCAGCCCCAUGGCACCGCUGACUCUGGAGGAGGUUCGGAUGGUGGUGGAGCUCUUCUACCUGCCCUAUCAUCAUGGGCCGCUGGCACAGCGUCUGCUGGAGCACUUUCGGUGGCUCCGGGCAAACAGCCUCAGCGUGGGGGUCUCUGCCACGGCACCCGAUGCCAGUGCGGGCCGGUGCUGGCGUGGCCGAGCGCAGUCCUUCACGCGGCUCUGCGCCCAGACCUGUCGCCUGCACGCUCGCCUGGUGGGUGCUGCGGGGCGGGCGCUGCUCUACGACCUGCACCCCUACCUCUGGGACAUCCGCAACGUGCUGCUGGCCUCCAGCGCCUUCGUCCAGUGGCUCGAUGGUCAUCUCCUCUGCGAGCCUGGCCCCACAGACGCAUGGGGGAGCUGCUUUGGCUGGUGCCAGAGCAUCACAGCCCCGAUCCUGCUGCGGGAGGAUGCUGAGCCCUGGGCACGGCGCGGUGGCCUCUUUGGAGAGAUGCAGGCGCUGCUGCCCGUGGGGAACAGCUCUGACCUCUUCUAUCAGCCACCUCCGCUCUUCCCGUCUCGCCGGCUGUACGCUCUGCGCCCGCUGCGGCCCCGGGACAAGGGAGAGCUUUACCGCAUGUGCCGGGAGAGUCUGGACUGUGACCCCAAAGUCACAGAGAUCCUUGUGGCCCACCCCGACCUGCUCGGUGACAGGCUGCUGGGCAGCUUCCUGAGCCUGAGCCCCGAGUACACCUUUGUGCUGGAGGAUGAGGCUGGUCCCUGUGGCUAUGCUGCCGGCGUGCUCUGCGCUGAAGGCUUCCUGCAGCAGCGAGACAGCGGCUGGCUGCCGGCCAUGCGACACAAGUACCCCCGGGACCUGGCUGCAGGAGCCCCAGCGCUGGGCAAGGAUGCCCUGGAGGAAGCACUGCUCUUCUUCCACACAGAGCCAGCGACAGUGCCCCUGCCUGUGCUGCGGCGGUUCCCCUCCCUGGUGCAGCUGGGCACAGCCGCCCGCAUGCUGGAUGUGGGGGCCAGCCACAGCCUGGCCCUCUGCCUGCUGAGCGCGCUCAGGGCCAACGGGUCGCGGGGAGUGUUUUGCCAGGUCAGUGCCACCGACCAGCAGCAGCUGAGCUUCUACAGCAAGCUGGGCUUCAUCGCUCUGCCAGUGGCCUGGGACAGUUGUCCUGGUGCUCGGCUCCUGGGACGUCUCCUCUGAGCACCCUGCACUGGGUGUGGGUGUGGGGAGGCAGUGCCGGAGACAGGCUGAUACCCGUCCCGCACACAGGGAGCAGGAGCAGAGGGGCACCUUGAUCAGAGCAGGUACAUGCGAUGGGGACAUGGCUCGGGGAGGAGCAGGAAGUCACAGGGAUUCAUGCAGGGGACAGUCCUCAGGCGACAGAGGCAUUUCUGCUAUCUCAGGAGAGAGGCAUCAGGGCCCCUGCACUCUCCCCCAGCUGUUCCUGCUUGCUGAGUGCCCUCCACCACUGCUGGGGAGCCAGCAACAUCCCUGGGCUGGCUGCAGACCUCCAGGCCUGGAAGGAGCCACCUGGCCAGCAUUUAGGGUGGUGGUCUGGGAGCGUGGCACAGUGCAUUAGUGUGCAAGGAGCGUCCCUGUCCCGCAGGCUGGGCUGUCCAGAUCGCUCCAUCCCCGAUGUGGCCCUAAGCUGGGUAGCUGGGGCUGGGGCUGGCCCUCGGCAUCGAGCAUCUUCCUGCCUGUAUCUUCCCGACCUGUAUGGGACAGUGAGGCAGCCUCCAUCUCUGCCACCUGGGGGCUGAGGGAAGCGUUGUCCGUGGCAAUAAAGCAUUUGCUGGGCUCUCA